GUGGUUUUAAUUAAGAGCUUAGAUGACUUCUUUGGCAUUAUUAUCAAGUGAUUUCCUAACAUGAAUAAUGAAGAAGAAGAGUUCGUAGAUGCACUCAAUGCAUAUAAUGUAGUACCGUCAAAUCUAGCUGGAAUCAAUUAUAACAGAAGCUCUGGGCAAUCAUCAACGACGAUACAAAUCAGAGCUGUGAACGGCCUCCGCGUGCGACCUUUGAGGAGAUGACACGCUUCCACUCGGACGACUAUAUCAACUUCUUGCGUCUGGUCACGCCGGAAAACGCAGCGGAUAGUCAGAAAAGCAUGGACCGCUUCAACGUGAAGGAAGAUUGUCCCGUGUUUGCGGGAUGCUACGAGUUCUGUGAGAUCUCGGCGGGUGGAAGUAUAGCGGGCGCCAUGAAGCUGAACAAGCGCGACUCGGAUAUUAGUAUCAAUUGGGCCGGAGGUCUGCAUCACGCGAAGAAGAGCGAGGCCAGCGGGUUCUGCUACGUGAACGAUAUCGUGCUAGGGAUUCUGGAGCUACUGAAGGAGCAUCAGAGGGUGCUGUACAUAGACAUAGAUAUCCACCACGGUGACGGUGUGGAGGAAGCUUUCUACACCACCGACCGGGUCAUGACGCUAUCAUUCCACAAGUACGGCGACUUCUUCCCGGGCACAGGAGAUCUGCGCGAUGUGGGGGCGGCCAAGGGAAAGCACUACUCUCUCAAUUUUCCACUCAAGGACGGGGUGGACGACGAUACGUUCCUCGACAUCUUCAAGCCCAUUGUGGAUCGAGUCAUGGAGUGGUACAGGCCCGAGGCUAUUGUGCUACAGUGUGGUGCCGAUUCGCUGGCUGGAGAUCGCUUGGGCUGCUUCAAUCUGUCUUUGAAGGGACAUUCUGGCGCGGUUAGGCAUGUCAAGGGGUUGAAUGUGCCUCUUCUAUUACUGGGUGGGGGUGGAUAUACCAUUCGCAAUGUGGCGCGUGCGUGGUGUUAUGAGACGGCCAUUGCCCUGGAUACAGAGGUCUCGCGAGCCUUGCCGCACAACGACUACUACGAGUAUUUUGGCCCGGACUACAAACUGGAGGUGCCCUGCAGCAAUAUGGAGAAUCAGAACAGCAGACAGUAUCUGGAGAAAACAAGGUGUGUUGAUGUGUAACUGAUGGGUUGGCUGUAGAUGAGAGGAAUUAAUGAUGUAACUCGCACAGACAGAGGUGGCUUUGUUGGCGUGCAUAUGUAUAUACUCGUAAUUACACAC